AUGAGGCAGUGCGGUCACGAAGGCUGCGUGGCCUUGAAGGAAGCAUGCGCGACAUUCCACUCCAACAUGCCGUGGGCACUGCCUGCUUGUCUGAGAGCUCGCGGACUCCAGCCAGCUCUCUGCGGUGAGCAGGCCCUGUUGUCGGCCUGGAGGCCGGGGAAGGGGCCGCCCUCCAAGCGGAGCGGGAACGAGGCCGCAGGAAGUCGGCGGGGUUUGCUCGAGCUGCGCCCACUGGGUGCUUGUGCAGAGUUGGGCGACAAGAAGCGACUGGCCAUGUACCUUGAGAGAUGUGGUCUCAGCAUGUGGGCACCUCUCACAAUCUUCACUCCGCAUGACAUGUCCAAAUAUGGCGACUGCGACAGCCGGGUGCUAUGGUUCCUGAAGCAUGCUCGCAAGGAGCGGAACGAAGGAGUUUCUGUACACUUGGGGGCCAAAACCUGCCAAAGUGCGUGGCUAGCCGUCGCCCAAGAAGAGCAAGAUGACUAUGUCGCUCAGCGAGAAGUACCCGCAGUCCUACUGGAUGAGGAAGACCGGAAGCUAACAUUUCGGAUCUAUUUGCUAUUGGUGGCGCAACACAAAGGGUCCUCUGCCAUGGCGCUCGUGCGCCGAGAGUUUAUUUGCAGAUCCCACCCGGCAGUGUAUGAUGCAUCCGAUCCGGAUUCGUCUCGACACGUGCACAGCACGCUUGAUGUCUUUAAAGAUGUGCAGGGGAGGAGCAGCAAAACGUUUUCUCAAUGUGCGGCGGUCUGGCCGGCGAUGUUGAGCAUGUUCAAGGCGGUUCUGGAACCUUUCCUGGAAAGUUUUGCAGUCGCCAAGGAUGCAGGUUCUGUGCUGAGCUUCGAGCUUCUGGGAGCUGAUGUCCUCUUGGAUAAAGAAGGGCAGCCCUGGCUCCUGGAG